AUGGGGAACUGUCUACACCCGGUGGAUCCUUUUAUCUCCGCUGACAAGAACUCAAGUAAGAUUAUCUUCGGAGAAGACAUUUGGAAAGAUUGGGAUGAGUCUUAUGAAGACUCACUUGACUACAAUGACAGCAACCUGGAAGCAGCCGCCCCCUGCCACUCCUGCAACUUGCUCAAUGACUCCUCACUGCCUUUCUUCCUUGUGGCCAGCAUCCUGGGGAUCCUAGCUAGUGGGGCUGUCCUUUUUGCUCUUCUUAGACCCCUCUUCCACUGGAAUCUCUGCCCUGGCCGGCCUAUCUUGAUACAGUUGGCUGUAGGCAGUGCUCUUUUCAGUGUGGCGGUGCCCAUCCUGGCACCAGGGCUCAGCAGCUCCCACAAUAGCACCCUGUGCUACCUGGGCCACUGGGUCUGGUAUGGCUCAGCCUUUGCCCAGGCUCUGCUGAUUGGGUGCCGGGCCUGCCUGGGCCCCAAACUGGAUGCAUGCCAGGUCCCAGGCCUCACCUUCUGGGUCACUGUGGGACUUUGGGUAGUGGCUUCCCUGUUGGUACUGCCAAUCACUUUGGCCAGUGACACUUCUCAAGGACUUUGCACUCUGAAAUACAGCAGGGGCCUGGGGACUUUGCAGUACAUACAUGCUGCAGUCUGUUUUGCCAUCUUCUUUUUGUUGCCCCUGGGUUUGGUGGGAGCUAAAGGGCUGAGAAAGGCUUUGGGCAGGGGAUCAGGGCCCUGGGUUGAUGUUCUGUGUGUGUGGUUCAUUUUUUGGUGGCCUCAUGGGGUGGUUCUGGGAUUUGACUCCUUGGUGAGGUCCAGAGUAUUACUCUUGUCAACAUGUACAGCCCAGCAGGUCCUGGACCUGCUGCUGCAUCUAGCAGAAGCCCUGGCUAUUUUGCACUGUGUGGCUAUGCCUCUGCUCCUGGCUUUGUUAUGCUACCAGACCACCCAGACUUCCUUGCCCUCCCUGCCCCUCACUGCAAGGUGGUCUUCUCAUCUGGACACCCUUGGAGGCAAAUCCUAGCUCUUGUUCCACCUGUCAACCUGA